AUGAGCUCCCGAGUCCUUAACUUGUCUCGCACUGCCCAGGCCGCCCGAGCUAACCAACAUGUCGCCCGUGCCAAUGACCCCACAGCGGUGCGUCCAGUGCAGUCGCUUCCAAGGGCCCAGCAGAUUGCCGAAUUCUCCAAUACCAGUCCCAGUAACGAUCGGCUAGGGCACCGAGCUAAAGAGAAGCUCCUAGAUCGGGAAUUCUUCCUCAGUCUACUGAGCUCUGCUUCAACCAAGCGCGAGGCUAAGUCGUAUUUGUCUCGCUUCAAGAAGAACCCUCCCAAGUCAACCGCCCAACCCGCAAAUGAGCAGGAAGUGACAACGGAGAAGCCAUCGGAGUCCUUGUCCUCCGGUGUCAAUCUGGGAUCAUUCUACGGUGCUUCGAGAGCCGUCUAUGACAGUCCGGUUUUCCGGCAAAACACUACACCUGCUCCACAAGGUCAAGAACCCGCCGAGAGGCUUCAUUUAGCCUUGAUCAAAAUCACAAACCCCCAGUCUCUCAACGAUGAGGUGGUAACCGGUGUCGCUCGGACUCUGUCUCAGCUCAUACGCUUAGGUAUGGGAUGUCUUGUAGUAAUUGACCCAGGAAAUAUGGACGGCACAGCCAUGCGACAACUCGCAAUCGACCAGGCUAAUCGGAUUUCGGCGGCGGUUGAUGAACAGCCCAACUCCAAAUCAUUCCGUCUGGAUUCGGCACUUUCGCUUUCUGAGAAGUGUCCGGGUCCUCCUACUGUCAUGUCCCGGAAGGCCCUUUUGAGCCCGCUCCGUGAUGGCCAUGUCGUUAUUGUCACACCAGUUGCAUAUUUAGAGGAGAAUCCUCGAGCCGUCCCAGUAUCUGCAAAUGAUGCGGUACUUGCACUGACCAAGGAAUUCGCGGGGUUGUCUACGGUUCCUGAUCCAGACGAAGACCCUGCUGUCACUGCGGAACGAAUCGAUGCCCUACAAAAGGAAGUCUCACUGGAUCGAGUAAUUCUUCUACACCCUCUUGGGGGCAUUCCAGCCUUCAGGGGACCUCAAUCAUCACAUGUUUUCAUCAACAUGGAGCAAGAAUUUGAUGAAAUUGAAGAGGAAUUGUCCGAGACACGAGAAUCGAUCGCCGGAAAGGCGAAGGUGGUAGCGCCCCGCAAGGACACAGGACCUGCAUCUGCUUUACUAGACAGCAACCCGUUCUCAAAAUUCGUGAAUGAGGAUGUGAUUUCGCCUCUCCCCGGGCAAUCGAACCAUCUCCCGGGUGCGGAGGCGAUGUCAGUUCUUCUGGAUGGCCAUUUGGAGAACCUCCGCCUAUCUCAACAAACUCUAGCAAUGCUACCCUCCGCCUCCUCUGGCAUCAUUGCAUCUCCUCAAGAAGUUGCCAACUCUGGUCGGUCCUCCCAGACCGCCUCAUCGAAUGUGUCUGCUGUUGGAACCCGACGUCAGCGCAAUCCUCUCAUCCACAACCUACUCACCGAUAAACCUCUUCUAUCGUCCUCACUUCCACCGGGGCGCCGCGCUGCUGGAUCUAGCCGGCCCAGUGCUAUCAGUCCACUUCCACCUCAUACCACUUUCGUGAAAAGAGGUAUGCCCCUCACCCUCCUCCCCAAUCCAUAUACCCAUAUAUGGACCGCCCAGAGUCAACCACGCCUGCAAUUGAACGACCCAUCAAUCGACCUCCCCCGACUCGUUCAACUCAUUGAAGAUUCCUUCGACCGUAAGCUCGAUGUACACAACUAUCUACAACGCGUGAACGACCGUAUCGCCGGCAUUAUCGUUGCAGGCGAGUACGAAGGCGGCGCAAUCCUCACAUGGGAAACACCACCCGGCGUGGUCGACGACGGCAUACUCAAGCGCAGCCAAGGUGCCGGCGGUGUGGCAGACAUCGUGUUCAACGCAAUGGUGCGUACAUGUUUCCCCAAUGGGGUCUGCUGGCGUAGUCGCAAGGAUAAUCCCGUGAAUAAGUGGUAUUUUGAACGGUCUUGCGGCUCCUGGAAGCUGGCUGAUAGCAAUUGGACAAUGUUUUGGACUACACCUGGUUUGCCAGAGGAUACGCAGCGAUUCCAGGACUAUGAGGCUCGCUUCGCCGACAAAUACGUUGAAUAUGACUUCGUUGUGAUCUUUAUCGACCUGGUGCUCAUCAAACCACAAGUCUACCGCCAUCUCCUUUUCAACAGACUCGGGCGCGAUGACAACCGCUUCGAUCGAUCAAUCAUUCGCCUGGGGAUUCUCCUUCUCCUCUUCGAUGUCUACCUCACCUGGGCCCGCCUGGAGAAAGAUCCCUCCCUCGCCACAACCUUCAUAUCCCGCGCCCCCAUCGUCGUACAAUAUCUCUUCUUCCUGACCCUCAACGCAACCGCGACUCUCGCGCACCACUUAACAGUCCGCCUACUCGCUUCAAUUCUCGUCCCAAAGUCUCAUCGCUAUAGCGGACCAGAAGCAAAUAACAACGCCACCACCACAACUACCACCGCGCCUGCAUCAGGUACAAGCACCGGCGACACAACCCCCUUCCCCUCCGGCCCUCCAACCCCAACCAUGCGGCCCUCGCCCUCGUCGCAGCUUAUUCCAACACUAUCUACCCAGCUGCUAAGCCCGACUACAACCACUUCAGCAAAGAUAUCAUCCAAUUCAACCUCCACGGACCUCACCUCUCCAACAGACCCAUCACCCCUAACCCAAACAAUCCAACAACAACGCCCACCACCACCCCUCCCGCCGAACCUCAACCGCACCACCCCAAAUGAUCCAACCCCUCCCCCCACCAACAGCCGCCAGCCCAACAGCAAUAAGCACCGCCUUACUCGUAAGCAGCUGCGCAAAAGUCUUCCCAAUCCUCCUGCAAAAGAAACGGGAGCAGGAAGAAAAGACCUCGGCGCCGCAAAAGCAGCGCUUUCUUCAGACCGGGACCGAGUCUCUACAUCCUCCUCCUCACCCUCAGCCUCAUUCCUGGAAUCUUCCCUCGCGGCCGCAGAGUCACUACUUCGACCCUACGUUCCGACGAGUUAUCUCACGAGUUUAUUCGAUGUUCUUGCGUCGUUGCUUUCGCUCGGUGUUGUCGAUGCCCAUCUCGUGUUGCUGAGUAAUAUCGAGGCUCUUUAUAUUCUAUUGGGCUGUGGGUAUCUGCGUGCGGUGGCUGUUGCUGUUGCCGGGCAGAUUGCGAGGUGGGCUGUGCAGAGGGUUAUUCUUGGUGCUGUGGGUGUUGGAUAG